AUGAAUUCAUUCAUUAGCAGAAGAAACUUAGUGGCUAAGACUAUGCAGUAAUUGAGACAUCAAACGAUGCUCUCAUCACUAAAAUCUGCAGCAAAUUUAGGUUACUUCAAGGAUGAUUACAGUCAAUUGUUUUUAAGAUCGAAAAAGAAAUUGCUACCAAUAAUGAAUAGGGGUACUUGGGCAAGGGUUUUCUCAAUCAGAUCAAUAUUGCUAAGGUUUCUGAAUGCCUAUUAAAAUGCUGAUAAAGUUAACAUAAUGAUACCAGGGGCAGGGUACGAUACGACUUUCUUUUGCUUACAAGAUUUAAUGAGAGAGUAAAAGAUUCCUUAAAAUCUUCAAGGGAAAAUCACUGUGAUUGAAAUAGAUUUCUUUGAGGUCAUUUCCAAGAAGAUUCAAAUCAUUAAGAAGCAUUAGAAUUUAGUAGAUAUGAUAAGAUUGGAAAGUGAAUAAGAUAUUGAAGUCAUUCAUGAAAAACACAUCAACAGUCAUUAAUACAAAGUUUUUUGUCAGGAUAUCCGGGAGAUCGAACUUUUGUAAACAAAUAUGGCAAAUCUAGGAGUAGACUUCAAUGCUCCAACACUAGUUAUUACUGAAUGUUUACUUGUUUAUCUAAAGAAAGCUGAGUCUGAUUCAAUCUUAAAAGGUCUCUCAUAAAUCUUUUAAAGUGAUCUAGUCUACGUAAACUAUGAGAUGAUUCAUCCAGGAGAUGCUUUUGGAAGAGUAAUGAUAGAAAACCUAGAGAUAUUAAGAAUGAAAGAAUAAGGGGGGAUGAGCUCAGCUGAUUGCUAUAAUAUGUCCUAAAUAUAUGCCAAAAGGCUUGAGUCAACAGAGCGUCAUAGGAUAGAGAAACUAGAGAUAUUUGAUGAGUUUGAAGAGUGGGAACUACUAUCAAAACAUUAUUGCUUGUGUUUAGGCAAGAGGAUUGCUGAACCAUCAAUAGAUGAGUAGAUCAUUAUAUGA